AAUCGAAUGCCAAUCUAUUAAAUUCAUUCACUCGCCGAGUGCUUUUGAAACAAAAGAACUUUCAAACCUUUCAAUGUACUUGGUGUUCAAUCGGUUGUAGUUAUUUUGUAGAAUUGUUUUUUGUUGGGUAAUGAAAGUUUUAUUCUAUCAUUCGAUUAGUUAAAUUAAGUUUUGAACCCUGUACGACGACUUCAGAGCGGAGCCAUCUUGCUAUCUAUAAUCAAAGGUCCUUGGCUCACGGUAUCAUUGUCUGGAGAAUAGCCAGUUUAAUAUUAGCACGUAAUCUCAAAUGGCGUUAAAAAGAAUUAAUAAGGAACUGCAAGAUCUUGGCAGGGAUCCUCCAGCGCAAUGUUCAGCAGGACCAGUAGGAGAUGAUUUAUUUCAUUGGCAAGCAACAAUAAUGGGCCCACCUGACAGUCCUUAUCAAGGAGGUGUGUUUUUUCUCACAAUUCACUUCCCGACAGAUUACCCAUUUAAACCACCAAAAGUUGCAUUUACGACAAGAAUAUAUCAUCCAAAUAUAAACAGCAAUGGAUCAAUUUGUCUUGAUAUAUUACGUUCACAGUGGUCACCAGCACUCACUAUAUCUAAAGUUUUAUUAUCUAUUUGUUCAUUACUGUGUGACCCAAAUCCUGAUGACCCAUUGGUGCCUGAAAUAGCACGGGUAUACAAGACAGAUAGAGAAAAAUACAAUGAACUGGCAAGGGAAUGGACGCGUAAAUAUGCUAUGUGAUUUCCAUGCCAUAAAUUACCCGUCCGAAAUGUACUGCAAGCCCAAUAUGUGAAAGCUACCAUCUAAACUGAAUUGAUAUAUUAUAUACAAUUUGGGUGCUCCUUAACUAUAAUUAUUAUUUGGUCAUGUAAGUUAAGAACUUAUAUUAUACAUAACUACACACUAUGGACUUGUGUGCAAGCUUCAUUAUCAGUGAAGCAGCAACUUUUAAAACAGUUAUGUUUGUGAAAUACAUUUUUUAUCUACUAAAAUCUAAUCAUGUGCUGGGUACGCAUUGUCUAAAUUGUAAUAAAAAUGUUAGUUAAUAGAAUUGUUUUCUUAGACAGACAUUUUAAAUGUAUUUCGAAAAUAUUACUGUCACAUGUGAAUCUGUGAAAUGUGUCGGUUUCAUUGCCAAAGUCACAUGUAAUGUUU